AUGGAGCAAGAGAAGCGGGUAGCAGCAACGAAGGAAUCUCAGUUGAGCUCUACUAUAUUGUUCCAGAAAAACGAGGAAAUGGCCAUGACAGAAGCUUUAAACGAGGAAAAAGUUGUUCUGAGAGAUGCAGAUAGAGUGUCACAGACGAAGGAAGAAGCAGCGAUAUCUCAAUAUGAAACCUAUGUGGACGAGUUGUCCGAAUCAAGAACUUUCGCGCUUAUGAACCAACUGCAGUCAGCUGCGAAUCUUCGAGCAGUAGAAGAAUCCAUUAUCGAAUCGACAAUGAACAUAGAACAAAGUACAGCUGCACAACUUGCCCAACAAAAUGUCGCACUAAAGAGCAAAGAAGCUCAGGAAAGAAAGUUCCAGAUUGAGAUGACUAAAUCGGAAAGAACAUUCGAGAAGGAGGAUGAUCAACAGAUCUCGGAAAGCAUAAACACUGCGUCGUUGAAGGAACUUGCUACGGGACAAUUCCGUGAAUUCGGAGACGAACAAACGCAAAUCUGCACACUCUUUGGUAAAAUCGUUCAGAAGAAAUUCGAAUCGGAUGGAUGCGACUACUGGCACCCGAUAGCAAGAAGAUGGCAAGAGCAAGUCACAGCUAAAGCUGCCGGAAGUGAAAAGAUGGAGGUUAUUUCUACCUUGGAGAGGACAGCUCCAGCAGAACUGGUCCAAAAGACUAUUCAAGCAACGAACGAUAGUAAGACGAUGUCACAGCUGAAGGCAACGACAUCGGAAGCGGCGACCUUCACGACAUCAUACUCGAAAUCAGGAAUAAGAGAAACAGCAGCAAUCAAACUUCGGGCGAGGUCGAAAGAACGAGCUGAGAAGAAGUUGCAAGAACAAGAAUGGAAUCUACAAUCAACAGCAUCUGAAUGGGAGACAAUCUUGAACGAGUUGGAAGCCGAGAUCACCCAAGCCGAAACGCUUCAGCAAAGCUUCGCUUUGUACACCAAAGCUUCUGCUGUGGAAGCUACCACUAAGGAACAACAAAUUUCCAAAGCGGAGAGUUCAUAUGGAGUCGCGCAUUCGCUGGCUACCGUACCUACAACCAAGGAAAUGAAGACCUUCUCAAUCGACCAAGAGGAAAAAACUCUCCGCUUCGACAGCUUUGCUCAAGAUCUGGCAGAAAUCGAGCGGAUUGUUGAUGAAAUCAAUCGCGAACACGAGGUCGUGCGAACAUUCAAAGAGUACAGCCAGGAGAAGAGCGAUAGUGGCAUCGCGCUCGUUAGAAGAACUAUUCCAAGAACGAAGGAGUCCUGUACCCAUGUGAUCAGCGUUUCCACUUCACUUCAGCAGAAGUUCGAAACCUCAGCAGCUGGAGAUAUUCUUACUGAUGCUGUAGUAGAACUUACCCUCCCCAGUUCCUCCCUCAGCGCCGAGAUAAUCCCAAGAAUACCCAACAGAGAACAAGCUAGCUUAAUGACUAAUAGCGCUACCGAGGAGAUGAUCAGUACUAGCGCCAACUACAGCAAAUGCACAGACACUUCUUCGGCAGUCAUGGCUAGACAACCUUACUUCAUACGGGAAAAAAGCAGUGAGCGCCUGAAAGAAACCGAAGCCGGUGCUGUGGAGAUCCUUUCA